AUGAAAGAAGUGGACAAGAAGCGCUUCAGCGCGCUCCUAUCCUGGGCCAAUCUUCACGGAGCCUCCCUUCACCCUGCCCUUGAGAUAUACAAGGACGAUUUGACUGGCUUCUCCAUACGGUUUAAGUCUGAUCUGAGCCAAGAUGCCGCCAACCUCAAGCCUGGCGAUGAAAUUCUCAUCUGUCCUCUGAAGGCCAGCCUCUCCUAUCUCAAUGCCAUCACUGGGGGCCCUCUUGUUUCAACCCCUUCAGAACAAACCGAUACAUCGUCUUCAUUCCCCUCAGGAUUCAAUGACCUUCCGCCACACGUCAUUGGACGCUUCUUCCUCAUGAAGGAGUUCCUGGCCGGCAAAUCGUCCUUCUGGUAUCCUUACAUCACCACCCUUCCGCAGCCUGAUGUCCUCUCAACGUGGAGCCUGCCUCCUUUCUGGCCCGAGGACGAUGCAGAGUUCCUAGAGUGUACAAAUACGGGUAUUUCCGCCCAGGCCAUCCGCGACCAGCUAAAGAAGGAAUUCAAGGAAGCGCGGAAAGCGCUCAAGGACGCCGGCUGUGAGGACUGGCGAGACUACACUCGAACCCUCCACGACUGGGCGUUCAGCAUCUUUGCGAGCCGGAGCUUUCGGCCAUCCCUCGUGAUACCCAAGGCGCUGAGAGACGCCGCGCUACCAAAGGGGGUGGCAAUUGACGACUUCAGCAUUCUGCUCCCGGUUUUCGACAUCAUAAACCACUCGCCACGCGCCCAGGUGCGGUGGCUGGUCGAUGACGAGAGCAGCGUUGCUCACACGUGCCGUUUUCAGAGCUUCGACACGUACCAGCCUGGCGAUCAGAUCUUCAACAGCUACGGGAAGAAGACCAACAGUGAACUUCUCCUGUCGUAUGGGUUCAUCCUCCCAGAGACGGAUGACAUACACAACGACUACCUCCACGUGAGAAAGAGAACUGGAGCGGGAGGACCUGCAGACUCGGUUCCAGGUGCUGGAUCAGCUGGGCCACCGCAGGAUUUCCUUGUGUCAUUGCGCCCUAUCAACCAUCCGAGUUCC